AUGUUCAAGCGCGAGGAGCCCGAGACCGAGAGGCUCUUGGCCUCCAACCCGCGCCAGAAGCUCACGGUUCACCGGGGCCAGCUCUACUUCAACGAUCCGCGCGUCGCCGGCGCCGCGGCCCCCGCGUCCUCAUCGGGCCAAUCGCACUCGGCGCGCAUCGCCGAGAAGUACGGCGGGCGGCGCUACUUCGGCGGCGGAUUCAGCGACAACACCCUCGUGGAUCUCAACCAGUCCAGCAGCGAGGGCGACGUCACCUCCGGCACUGAGUACAGCGACUACGACUACGUCACCGACGAGCGCGCGCAGCAGAUGGAGCGCGGCAUGAGGGGCGCGUCCGUCCCGGCGGGAAUCCAGACCCGCACCGCCGUGUCCAACAGGCGCGGCAGGAGCGGAUCCUCCUCGUACUCCAACAUGAUCAACGCGUCCACCGCGAUGAUCGCGCUCGUCGUGUGCGCCGUCCUCGUCGCCCUCGGCCUCUUCGCCACCGGCGCCGUGUCCACCGACGUCGUCUCGUCCAUGUUCUCGGUGGAGCGCGAAUCGCUGGCGCCCCAGGCGGACGUCUCCGAGUCCGACGACCACGCGCACGGGCACCGCGCCAGCACGCGCAGCGCCCGCGACGAAAAGGAGGAGGAGGAGGAUAAGGUGUACCCGGUCGAGAUCGGAGCCGACGCCGACGCCAUCGGUCCCCGCGCCGCCGCGAGGGCGGCGGAGGAGGCGGCCAGGAAGAGAGCCGCCGCCUCCGCCAAGCUCGGCGACGACGCGAAGAAGGGGGCGAGAAGAGCUUCCUCGAAGGGGGCGUCCUCGAAAAGGGCUUUUUCGCGGAAGGCGUCCUCGCUCGGCGACGCGGCGCGCAUGCGCCCGAAGGGAGUCUCGGGUGAGGACGCGUCAUCAUUCGCGACCCGGUCGACUUCGAAGGGGCCCGAGUCGGCGGGGACGGCGAAAGCCGCCGACGCGGGCGCGAAGCUGGGCGACUUUCAGAAGGCGGAGGAGGCGGCGGCUCGCAUGAGGAAUAUGGGGUUCGCGAGCCCCGAGGUACCCAAUCGCGAGGAGCCCGCCGCGGAGACCGAGGAGGCCUCCGACGAGUCCCGGCGUUGAUUUGACCUCGUGUACAUAGAACGCGUGUAACACCGAAACGAACGAACGAAC